GUUAAGUUUGGUCAGUCAUAGUAACGCGUGUCGUUGGAUAUACAUUUGCUCGUUUGUCGCGUGUCGCGAGAAGGGUCGUGACGAGCGGGGAGGAGUAGAAGGAGAGCGAUAGGUCGCGCGAGUUAUUGAAAAGUGUUCGCUUCCUUUGGGGACACGCAAAUUUGGUUUUGCGUUGGUCAGAACGAACGAACGAACGAACGAACGAACGAACGAACGAACGAACGAACGAACGGUCGACCGAGGAACUCGCGUUUUCUUCCUCGCUCUUUCUCUCUCUCUCUCUCUCUCUCUCUCUCUCUCUCUCUGCUUAUGCGAAAGCGCGCGCGCAAUAUCAUCUCUCUCCCUCUUACUCAAUUUUCGCCCUCCCGUUCCCCCCUCUUCGGGCGCUGCACCAAGCUAAAGAAUAAAGAGAAGGAGAAGGAGAACGAAGCAAGCGAAAGAAGAUCCAAAGGAAAGUGGAGGUAGAAAAGAGCUUUAGUAAACGUUUCGGAGCUGUCGUCCGUUUCCUCAGUUUUAUGAUAAUCGUUCUAAGGUGUGGAUGUACGCGAUAUAAAAAGGCCGAGAAGAAAGGAGAAGGAAAUAGAUAGGCAGACAGAUAUAGAGAGAGAGAGAGAGAGAGAGAGAGAGAGAGAGAGAGGGGGAGAGAGAGAGAGAGAGUGAGAGCGACAGACGGGAAGGGAGGGAGAGAGAGGAAAAGCAGAUAGGCGCUCGAGACGUCAAAGAAAAAAGCCGGAGAGAGAUAGAUCGAGAGAAAUAAGUGACUCGAUUCGAUCGAUCGUAGAAUUUUUCUGGCGAAAGACUCGGUGGACUUUAUGUGUUCGAUCAGGUGACAGGAAGGAAGCCGCGAGAGAGGUAAGGUGCCGUGUCGCUACGAGAAUCGGAGAUUCCUCUGGAAGCGAGCCGAGAAGAAGAAAACGCGAGGCAGAGGACACAGAGAAAACGGACGAGAAGAGAAAAAAAGAAAAAAACAGAUCUGAAUCAAGAUGACGAAUAUCGUGGCUGAUUUGAUUCAUGGCUACAGGGAUCUCAUGGACAAUAAGUCCGAUCCUAGGGUAAACGACUGGGUGAUGAUGAGCAGUCCCUUCCCAACGAUGGCCAUAUGCCUGUUUUACGCAUACUUUAGUAAAGUAAUAGGACCGAAGUUGAUGGAAAACAAAAAACCGUUCAAUCUUCGACGUAUCCUAAUCGUUUACAAUCUCGUACAGACCCUCUUUUCCACAUGGAUCUUCUACGAGUAUUUGAUGAGUGGCUGGGCGAGAGGAUACAGCUUUCGUUGUCAGCCAGUCGACUACUCGAGCAGUCCUUUAGCGCUCAGGAUGGCAAACACAUGUUGGUGGUAUUACUUCAGCAAAUUCACCGAAUUCUUCGAUACGCUGUUCUUUAUCCUGAGAAAAAAGAAUCAACACGUGUCCACCCUUCACGUGAUACAUCACGGCGUGAUGCCCUUUUCCGUAUGGAUGGGAAUGAAGUUCGCACCGGGUGGUCAUAGUACAUUCUUCGCCCUCUUGAACACUUUCGUCCACAUAAUCAUGUAUUUCUAUUACAUGGUCGCGGCGAUGGGCCCGCAAUAUCAAAAGUACAUAUGGUGGAAAAAGUACCUCACAACGCUACAAAUGGUGCAGUUUGUAUUGAUCAUGAUGCACCAGUUUCAGUUGCUCUUCACGGAUUGCGACUAUCCUCGAAGCUUCAUGAUCUGGAUAAGUCUCCAUGGUUUCCUCUUCUUUGGUCUUUUCUCGGACUUUUAUAAAACGAAAUACACAGUUCAGAAAUCGAGGAGUAGGAUGGCAAACGGCACGAACAACGGUGCGUGCAUGCCCGUCCUCGACGAUUAUCCGACUAAACCAAAGCAAAACGGUAUAUCGACUUACGCGACCAUCUACAACAAAGAGUACAACAGUUGUUACAGCAAUGGCACCAACAACGGCUACGUGGCGAACAACAACACCGAAAAGAAGCUCGCUUAGGGCCGUGCCGUCACAUCUCGAAGAAAGUUCAAAGACUUGCUUCGAGACGCGAAAGAUCCGCUCGUCUCAUCGAAUUUUACAUUCCGUUAACAGUAAAUAAUACGCGUUGACGCAACGUAGACGACAGUCGCUGCCAAAUGAUCGCACAUUGUCCGCCAUAGACGAGAUAGAGAGACGGAUGAGGAAGUGGCGAUUUUUUUUUCAGGGAGAGAGAGAGAGACGGAGGGAGAGAGAGAGAGAGAGAGAGAGAGAGAGAGAGAAAAUAGUCCACGUCGAUGGGUUCGCCGAAGAAAAAACGCACCUUUCUUUUCUUGCUUCAGCUUGAUCCAUCAUUUUCCAUAAUAACAUUGGCGAUACGACUUUUCGUAGAAAACGACGUUUCGUGUAACGUCACGUACGUACCACGUCCAUUAUUUACGCGACACUUUGUUUCGAUGUCGUGACGCUAAGAAGAAAGAAGAUGGUAGAGUUGUUGCGUUUAAUUAUUCGUCAAAAGGAUGAAAUAUUCGAUUCUCAAAUAACGAGGGAUACGUAGUAGAGCGGACAUGGAUACGUGUCCGAGAGGACGAGCGGAUUACGAGGGCGAAACGCGCACAAUUGUAAAAAGAUAAGAAAAAAAAAGAAAAAAAAGAAAAAAAAAGAAAAAGAAAGAAAACUAAAAGGAACAAAAAAAAAAAGAAAAAAGAAAAUUUGAAAGAAAAGAAGUCACGCCCUUGCUUCGCGUGCGUUUCUUCUUUUUUUCUUUUUUUCGUCUUUUGUAAGCUGCCGUUGCACGUCCAACUAACAUAAACGUGUGAUGUUUCAUAUGUGAUUUUAAGCUAUUAUGGCUGGUAAAAGGGUUGGGUAGGUGGGUGGGUGGGUGGUUGGGUAAGGGAAAUCAUCUUUGGAAACUUGCACGCCAAUGCGUUUACGUGUUGCAUGCGUGCACACACAUACACACACGCGCGCGCGCGUUCACCUACACUUUCACGUAGGACAUAGACAUAAGAUAUUAUACAUGGAAAAUCGAUCACUAUCCCGAACUCUACUUCUCGUUUCAUCAUCAUCGGAAUCAUCCUCGUCUUGUCCGCGUCUCUCUAUUGCCCUUAUUGUGUUCAAAGGCUUUGAUGUUGAUCGUAGAGUUAAGCGUUUGCCCUUUGCGUGCGCGCGCGCAUUCGAGAAUCGCGCGAUAAGGUGCUGAUUCUAAGUUACUAUAGCGUUUCUAAUAGCGCGUAUCAAUGGUUGGAGGAGGGGGGGGGGGAGAAGUCCAUUUUCAAUGGAAAUUUUCGAUCGUUCGAUGAGGUCGCUGGAAAAGGACAAAUUCGAGUGCUGGAUUUAAGGAACCAUCGUACUUUCGAGCCUGCCUGCCUGCCUGCCUGCCUGCCUGCCUGCCUGCCUCUCUACCUCUCUGUCUGUCUGUCUGUCUGUCUGUCUGUCUGUCUGUCUGUCUAUCUAUUUAUCCGUUGUUUAUAAUAAUUUCUCUCUCUUUCUCUUUUUCCUUCUUCGUUCGUACGUGUUCACGUAUCUCUCCUCGUGCUCAUCUCCAAAUUUCAGAAAAAUCUUUUCGUAUUGUUUGCCGCAUAUCUGGGUGAACCGUCAAAAAUUAUUUUUAUUUUUCUUUUCUUUAUUUUUGCUUUUUUUUUUUUUUUUUUCUUCUUUCUUUUUUUAUCAUACAUGUGUACGCGUAUGAAUAUGAAAGCACCAAACGUAAUCGUAAGCGAGGCUCCGAUAAGAAUCGACCAAAUUCAUACCUUCUGCGUUUUAUGCGAUUAUCGCGAAGAUACGAGCGAAGAAUCGAUAUAAACGUGCAAUUGAUUGGAAUUUGUCGAUUGUAUCAACAUCUCGUAAUGUUACACGUACGUGUGGUAAAUAGAGAAGAGAGAAAAAAUUGAAACAUUUAUAAAUUACAAAUUUGCACUGAAAUCGUCGACAUUUGUACACCCCCUGUUUUAAUGAAUGUCUUAUUCAUAAAUAUAGAAAAAUUGAAUGUGGUGUAAAUAUUCGACGGGUACAUAUAUAUGUAAACGUAUCUCGAUCGCUUUUUCAUUUUUUCUUUUUCCUUUUCACGUUCUCUCUUUUCGGUCAUUUUAAUCCAUAAUUCGACGUCGGCGUUUUCAAACGAUUAAAGUUUAGCGAUUACUUAAUACCUUCUUUUUUACGACUUGAUCGCAGCAGUGCAAGCACUUGUCCUCUUUUCGUCGCACAAGCGUUCAGGCAUACGCGAAUACGUAGGAGAAAGAAAACGGAAAAGAAUUUGACCACUUGACUGUCGACCUGGAUUAUAAACUAUAUAUGUGUGUCAGCGAUUUCAUUCCGCAAGCUGUUUGUAAAUUCCGCAUGUUAGAAGCGAGCGAGCGAGCGAGUGAGCGAGAGAGAGAGAGAGAGAGAGAGAGAGAGAGAGAGAGAGAGAGGGGGGGGGGGGGCGGGGGGAAGGAGAGAGGAAAAGCAAACGCAAGAAUAAGUAGGCAAAAGUUGAGAAAAUUAAAGCAAAAAGCGCUUUUUUCUUCCUUCAAGACAUAAGCAAGCGAAAGCUUCUCGCGUGUCGAAGACUAGGCGCGUACCCAAAGGAUCUUUUGAAUGUUUGAAAAAUAAAAAGUAACGAGAUUACAAAGAUUACUUUUCGUAUUCGCCAUUCGGGAAAAUUCGAAUCGAUUAACUGGCUGAAAGAGAAGUAUCAGACGCUCAUGGAGAUUGGUUUAAGCACAAAUGGAAUUUAUUUCUCGCGCAAACGCGAAACGAUUCGCGUCGGAAGAUCUUCGCGUCUUUUCUUUUCUUAUCCUAGCUAUUAAAAGGAUAGAUGAAAAUGCACGCGGAAGGGCAGACUCGACUCUGUAUCGAUUUAUAGAGAAGGAUCGAUAUAUCUUUGUACAUAUAUAUAAAAAAAAAAAAGGGGGAAAAAAGAUACGAAUACGGUAUACGUAUAAAAAUGAUUAUAACGAAACUUUAGUAUCGAUCGAUAGUGUAAAGAGAAUCGUUCAAAGAAGAAAUAGAGGAUUAAAUGUAAUAAUAUCGGCGAUCGAUCGUCCUUGACUACUGUCGAGAAUGACGGACCGCUCGACUAAAUGAGACCAGGAAGGACGGUUGCAUGCGUCUAUCUAUUGUCGCGUACCUAAUGUUAUAAGAAUACGAACUCUGUAGCGGUUACCGAUUCUCAUUAUAUUUUUGUACAUAAUUGGGAAGAAUUGCUCGAGAAUAAAAGGAGAUUGAAGAAACGACGACGUCUCCCGAGAGGUCCUUGCGGGUAAGAGAGAGAGAGAGAGAGAGAGAGAGGGGGGGGGGGGGGGGGGGGGGGGGGAGAGAAGGCAGUCCUCGUCGAUGGAUUCAUCGUUGAAAAACGCACCUUUCUUUUCUUACAUUGUUCCGUACGAAGUGCCGAGAGGGAAAAAAAGAGAAGAUGGCAGAAUCGUUGGUUAAACUAUUCGUCAAAGAGCGGAAAGACUCAAAUAAAGAGAGAGAGAGAGAGAGAAAGAGGAAAGUGACCAAUAUCGGGUCUCGUGUAACUUUCUUAUCGUUAACGUUAAAAUUCUCCAAUUGUCCGAAGAUUCGCUUCGACAGAAUUCAUAAAAAAAAAAAAAAUACAUACUAGCGAAAAGCAUUAUCGAAUUUUGGAAAAAAGUGUCAAAAACGAUAGUUUGGAUAAAGUGUUCCAAGGUCGGACCCAUUAUUUCUCGUAUAUUAAGACUGGCUAAUAAAAAUCUUAUAUCUCAUGUAAAAAAUAUUAAAAGAGACUUUGGUUAUGCGAUAGAAUAAUUUAUAUAAACGCACGAGGGAAUAUUUUGAAACAUGGAAACACUUGGAAAAUUGAAUAUAACAAGAAUAAAUUUUAAAUCUUUGUUAAUUUUGUUUGCCGCAAAUAUAUUUAUUUUCUUUACGUA